AUGGGAGCGCGCCUGUUGCGGCGAUGGUUGGGGCAACCGCUGCUGGAUCUAGAACCUCUGGAGAGACGUUUAGCCGCGGUGCAAUUCUUCCACGACGACGCUUUCCUGCGCACCGAGGCAACUUCGGCGCUGUCUCGCGUCGCUGACCUGGAAAGAAUCCUGAGCCGAAUACAGGCGCAAACGGCGACGCCCCGGGAGUUGGUUGCGCUGCUCGGCAGCUUGCGGGCCGCCGCCGAUCUAUUGAACGGCUUGUCGGGAGACGGUGCAUGUGAUCUAACCUGGUUGGCGAAUUCAUUGAAACCGAUUCCUGAAGUGGCGGCGUUGGUGGAAAACGCAAUUGCUCCGGAGCCAGCGGGGCAACCCGGAGACGGGGGCGUGAUCCGUGAGGGGUUUUCAGUAGACCUGGACAAACUUCGCACGUUGGCCAACAACGCCCGCGGUUUCAUAGCCGGCCUGGAGACUAAGGAACGGGAACGCACCGGGAUGCACGAAACCUCAGGAUUGUCAGUCCCCGACGACUACCAGCGUCGCCAGACCCUGGCCGGUGGCGAACGCUACAUCACACCCGAAUUGAAGGAAUACGAAGACCAGGUGAUCAAUGCCAGCGACCGGCUCAACGAGCUGGAGACGCAUGUCUUGGACUCAGCAGUUCCCAACGACUCCGAGCUGGAUGCUGAUGACGCUCAGAUAAUGUUGAUUUCCGGCCCCAAUAUGGCCGGUAAGUCCACCUAUAUCCGUCAGGUGGCCAUCAUCGUAUUGAUGGCGCAGAUGGGCAGCUUCGUGCCGGCGCGUACCGCCGAUAUCAGCCUGGUCGACCGUAUCUUUACUCGCGUGGGCCUGCAGGACGACCUGACGACCGGUCAAUCGACGUUCAUGGUUGAGAUGGUGGAAACGGCGUCAAUAUUGAAUCAGGCAACCCGUCGAUCCCUGGUUAUCCUGGACGAAGUGGGGCGCGGCACCAGCACCUACGACGGUCUGUCCAUCGCCCACGCCGUCGUUGAGCAUCUGCACAACAAUCCCCGGCUGGGAUGCAAAACCCUUUUUGCCACGCACUACCACGAGCUCACCGAACUUGCCGCCACCCUCCCCGGGGUCCGCAACUACAAUGUGGCGGUGACCGAAGACGACGGGCAGAUCGUCUUUUUGCGUCGUAUCAUUCCAGGCGGAGCUGACCGAUCUUACGGCGUGCAUGUUGCCAGGCUGGCGGGGACCGGCAAGAGCCGGACGAAUCAGCGCUCCAAUGGUUCAAGCGAUCUCACCGCUUCACAGCAGUUACAGAUGCCGCUUUUCGGGUCUGGGGACGAUGAGCUGGUGCAGGCGGUUAUGGAAAUGGACAUUGCGAAUUUGACCCCUCUGGAAUCGAUCAACAAGCUCUACGAGUUGCAGGAGCAGGCCAGCCGCGAAGAAUUGUUGAACUUGUCGAAAGAAAUCGGUGAAUCGGGUAUCGCCGCAAUGUUUGCAACUCGCAGCCCGUCCUUAAAAAAGAUGGGCCUCAAUGCGAAUGAUCUGUCAGACGACCGCAAGCUUGAGUUGAUGCUGGAGGAACCCCGCCUGGUGCGUCGUCCCAUCGUGAAAGUGGGAGACCAGUUGCUGGUCGGCGCCAACAUCAAAGCGAUCACCGAAGCGUUGGCUAUUUAG